GGUCACUUAAUAAAGUCUUGCCUCAACUUUAGUUUCUACAGAGCUAAAACAAGCCUAGUAAUUAUUUAAUAACUCUUGUGGCUAAUACUAGUGUAUCUAAAUACACAGUUUGAGAACUCCUGUCUCCAUAUUAUUGAAAAGCAUACAACUUUGCAUGAAUCACGUAAAGAUUUGAUAAACAGAGCUAUAAAAGAAUGAAAUCAUAUUAUUCAGUCAUAAAAUUAAUACCCAACCCAUAAUAAAUAUUGAUAAGGAAUGAUAAAUUUGCAUUAUGUAUAUAUUUGUCGUUUAUGCCAGUCUAUGCAUGCAUUCUUUCAAUUUUUGUCUAUUUAACUGAAGUGUAAAUUUGCAUAUGGGAUUUAAAAAAAUUACUUAACAGAUAACUCGCAAUCUCAUUUCAUCCUUGCAUGAGACUUGUUCUAACAUACUGAUUCAUCCACACAGAGAGAAAGCAACAGCUCAGAGAGAGUCGAAAGAAAAACAUCGAAAUGAGAGAAUAAUGAUGCGAUGUUUAAGGAACGAGGGAAGAGAAAAAUCUCUGAGCGGCAAAACUGUCAUUGAAUGCUCAGCAUUCAUAGCACAUGCGUAGUUUAUAAAGAGACGCAGCUGCUUGUACAUCAAUAUUUGAGAUUUUUCUUCGUUCAUUCUCAUACAGUUCCUCAAUGCAAACAGAAAUUUUUUUCUUUCUUAAUUUUUUUUAUUCGUAUUUCAUUUAAAAUUUUUGAGUUUAUCAAAUAAAGAAAAUUGAAAUAUUUUGAAUUUGUGCCAACCGUGAAAAUUGGAUGAACAAGAAGACAAUUUUGAAAUUAAUUAAAAAAAUUCAUGAGACAUUAUUAGUGCAAAAAAAAAUUAAUAUCGUGAAAAUAUUCAAGGAAAGUGAAAUGUUGUGAAGAAAAAAAAAGAAUAUGGCGCAGAGAAAUGUUCUUCUUUGAUACUUAGAAUUAAGAUUGAGAGAACAUUAAACUUUAUGCUAACUGCAGCGAGUGAAAAUUGAAAUGAAAAUGCACGGGGGAAAAAGAAUUUUCCAAAAAUAACAAAAAGAAAAUAAAAAGAGAGAAAAAAUUUGUGAAAAUGUGAAGAAAAAAAAAAUUCAAAUUAGAAAGUGAGAAAAAAGUGAAGGACUAUUUAUGGAACGAUAGUGCAUUGAUAUUGGAUUUUGUUACAUAAACGAUAAACUUUAAAAAUAUUUGUGUAUUUUUGGCUGAAUCAAAAGAAUGGCUGGAAUUUUUAAGUUCAACAACACCAACAGCGGUGGUGAUAAAAAUAAUCUUCCAGCAAAGCCAUCGUUCUCAGGACCGGCAUCACUUUCAACACCAACUAGAGUACCGAACCGUGUUGGAUUAUUCAUGGGACUUAUGAAUAAGAACGUUAAUGAAAUUAUAGAUGGAUGUGGCGUGCAACAAAAGACGCUCACGAAUUGCCCGUCGUCGCCUGCAUCUCAAGGUCAUUCGUUACGUGAACAUGAAGAGCAGAUUUCGGCAUUGCGUAAGGAAAACUUUAAUUUAAAGUUGCGAAUAUAUUUCUUAGAGGAAAAGCCAACAGCAACAAAUCUGCUUACAAAAAGCAGUUCGUUAAGCAACAGUUGCUUGAACAUGAAUACAAUUGAGAGCAUCAGCAAACAGAAUAUUGAUUUAAAGGUUGAAAAUGAAUCGCUGCGUAAGGAACUUAAGGAGAAGCAAGAUCUUCUCAUUCAAGCGUCAAAAGCGAUGGAAAUGUUGGAGAAUCAACAUAAAAAAGAGAGCAAUCAAGCCCAAAUGAUUAUUGAUGAUUUAAAUCAUAAAAUUGAAGCGAUGACACAUGAAAUCAAAACACUUGAAAAGGUCCUUAUUGAGAGCAACCAUAACAACGACACGGGUUUCUCAGACUUUCUUGGUGCUAUUGACUCAAAAGAUAUUGAAUCACAGCGAAAAAUAGCUGAAUUUGAACUCAUCAUGAGAAGCUUCAGUGAGCAGAACGAGCAAUUGUGUCAAAAAAUAGAAAAGAUGGAAUCUCAGCGUUGUGAUAUGACAAGAAAACUAAAUCAACUCAAUUAUGAGAAUGCUGAACUUCGAGAGAAGCUUGAAGAAGUUGAGAAAUUUAGUGACCGAGAUGGAAUGAAGAGGUUGCAGGAUGAAUGCUAUGAAAGUAAAAGAAAACUUGCCGAAGCAAUAACACAGUUUGAUGAGAUCGAGAGAAAAUUAUAUGAGAAAUCACAAGCUCAUGAAAAGUCACUUCAAGUAAUACAGAAAGCAUGCGAUCAUAUUGAAGAUCUUGAACUCCAUGUAGAACAAUUAAAAUCUAGUCAACCUAAUUCAUUAUCAUCAACUGAAAGUGCCAAAAAUGAUGAGCAAUUUAGUCAUGCGAGUGGAAUUAUAUUGAAAUUAAGGCAACAGAUUGAGCAAAUAACAAACGAGAAGAACGAGGAAAUCAAUCAACUGAAAGAGGAACUUCGUAAGAAAUCAAGAUUGUCUUUUGCACCAUUGAGCAACAGCAAUUUCAAUACAUUCGAUACCUCUCAAAACAUUUUGCAAUCGAUUAACUUCCCAAUAAACGAGAUAUCAUUCAACGAAGUAAUUGACAGAAAUAAAAGUGCACAAAAGAAAAUUCACUUUUUGAAGCAGAGAUUAAGCUCAAAUGAUACACAAAAUAAAAUCGAGAACGAAUUUCUACAAUUACAAUUGAAGGAGGCACAGAAUGAUGUCUAUGAAAGUGAGGCAGUUUUGAGACAGUCUGUAGCAUUUUGUGGAAUAUUAUUAGAGAGGCUCGAGGAAUUGGUCAACUUUUUAACAUCAUUAUUAAAUAAGAGUGAUCUAUCAGGACUUUUAGGAAAUGAACUUAAGAGGGCAAUUACUAAGGCUGUCGAUAGAAGUUUGGAUCUUUCUAGAGGCAGCAAUAAAAAUCAAUUUUCAAUUAGUCAAAACACAAACCUCAGUGACAUGUCCAUGAUUGAUUUAGUUGAUAGUUUUGCUUCAUCAACUGUUGCUGAUUCAAUGAUUGAUAGUCUCGAGAACUUUAAGACUGAAGUUGAUUCCAAUAAGAUGUUUAAAUCUAAUACCCCAGUUAAUACCUCAAGUAUUAAAGGACAUAAAUCACAAAAGAAUAUGAGACGAUCAUUAGCAUCAGCGAUGCUUAAACACCAAUCAGAAUCAGAAGAAUGGUCUGAACCAGAUCGUGAUAUAUCACGUGAAAGAGUCGGUCUUGGUAAAGCAGAUGAAGUCUUACUAACUCAUCAAAGAACAUCCACAACUUCCGACGAAGAGGAAGGUGAAAAUAAUGAGGAUGGAAAUGAGCACAAAUUGGUAAGGAAAUCAGAUUGGAAACUUCUUAACGAGCGAGUCAAAAGUUUAGAGGCACUUUUGCAAGAACGUAAUGAUAAAAUCCUUGAAGUAUCAGGUUCUCUGUUGAAUGCUGAGAAAGAUACAACCGAGAAAAUACUUCAAAUUAAAAAGAAACUUGAGGAAACGGAAAGCAAUGUUCAGCAUUAUAAAAAUUUAUAUCAACAAGUUACAACCGAGCAUUCUGACGUUCUGAAAAGUUUAAAAGAAAAAGAAGAAGCAAUGGAAGUUGUUAAGAAGGAGAAAGACCAAUUUAAUGUCGAAUUAAAAGUCUUGUCAUCAAAAUAUGAAUCACAGGUUGGCUCGAAUCAUGAAAUGAGAAAUAAAAUGCAUGACUUAGAAAAUAAGCUACAAAGUUUGAAAGUCGAAUAUGAGUUGAAAUGUACAACAUACGACCAACUUCUGACAGUAUCUGAGAAACGAGAGCAAGCCUUCAAAGAUGAAUUACAGCAAAAUUGGAUUAGAAAAACAAUAUAUAAUCAACUUCUACUCGAGCUUGACAGAAAACAGUCAAGACUCAAGGAUUAUCAGCAAAAGUUUGCCGCACUCGAAGGCGAAAUGAGAAUAAUGCAGAGCCAACUAGCAGAGAAUGAAGAAAAGUUGGAGAGAAUAAGUAAAAGUUUGGAUUCAGCAACUUUACAGUUGUCAUCAAAUGCUGUAGAAAGAUCAAAGACACUGAACGAAAGAAGAAGUCUUGAGGCUAAACUUAAGAAAGUCAAUGAAGACUACCAGAAAGUCAACAUCGAGAAGCAAGAGUUGAACUUAAAAAUUGCUGAUCUCGAAGUAUUUAAUGCUAAACUUCAGAAUAAACUUUUAAUAGGUGAGAAGCUACAUAUAGGAACUCAUUUAUCAGAUGCCAGUGGCUAUGUCAGUGAGGAUGCCAUUGCACCAAGAUCUCUAUCAUUUAGUUCUACUGAUGAGAAGGAUGUUGAAGCUUUUUCAAAUUGUAAUUCCUGUAAGAAACUAGCUAAUGAGAUGAAUGAAAUCAAAAGGAACCUCCAUUUAUCCAAAAGAUCCCUCGAAAUCGCCUACUCUAAAUUAAGGAACCAGAACCUUCGAAAAGCUCAAAUCGAAAUGGACAUAAAGCAACAGAUUGCCAAAACACAAACUGUCUUACAAAAUGUUCGAGCAAAUAUGGAAACGGAACUAAAUCGAACGACUCCAGUGAAGAAGGAAUGCAAAGAGGAAGUGUAACACACUAAAGUAUAUCAGAAUUCAUAACAAAUAAAUGACAGAUGCCCUAAAAACUGUAACUUAGUACAAUUAACUCUCCAAAAACUACCUUAACAUUAGGAUUACUCACCAGUGAUGUUUUGCACUCGAAUGCUCAUCAUCUGUGGACGAUCCCAUAACACGUUAAAAUUGUAAAUAUUUUUUUGUUUGAUUGUUGGAAUGCAGUUUGUUGAGAUUAUUAAUAUUAUCAUUAUAUUAUUUUGACAUGUAUAGUGUUAAGUGACUUAGAAAUUUAGCUCGAUGCCAAAUAGAAAAGAGGAAAAAAAAUCAUUUUAUAUCCUAAGACUAGAUUAUUAACAACUUUAUGCCAUAAAAAAAACGAGUCAAAUUAAUUUAAUUAAUAUUUUUUAUUUGACAUAAGAAGGGGAUGUGGAAAAAAGGAACAAAACUACAUAUUCAUAACAGAUUACAACAAUCCUUUAUUACUGGGGUGUAUCUAAUUCGAUAAGGGGUAACCCUAGAUGCACCCCUGCAUCAUUAAUUCACAUAAAAACCAAAAAAAAAAGAAAAAUAACGCCACUGUAACCAACUGACUGAAAAUUUAUCUAAAUUAUAAGCACGUAGAUCUAUAAGUAGUUUUACUUUCAUCAUUUUCAAAAAACAGAAUUUUUUUGUGACACGAUAUGGCAGAAGGAAGAGAUUUUAAUAAGAAAUGAAAAAUAUAUUUAAUGAAUUUUACGAACGAAGUUUCAAAUUCUUAUUAUUUUGGUCUGUUUAUUACAGUUAUAACUUAUUUUUCAAGAAGAUACAUACGAUACAGCUUCUCGUGUUCUGCAUUCUCGAAUUUUGGUACACAAUUGACCUUAACGAUCUCAUCGAAUCCUUCCUUUAAUGUCGGAGGAACGAAUUUGCUUUUGUACGUGUUGAAAACAAUAUCACCAAUUUUAGCAUGUGAUGAAUCAAUAAUUUCUCUAAAUAUGUUGUUGUGUCGACUAUGAUGGUAAGUUGUUGUCAUUAAGAAGCACCGAACUUUGACUUUAAGUUGCUUAGCUAUAUCGAUGAAUUUCUUACGUGAAGCUGUAUCUGGAUUUGUAUUAUCGACUACACAACUCUUCUUACUCUUUAAGGCAUCCUCAAUGACUGACAUACAUUUUUGCAUGGAAUUAAGCGUAUCACGAUUAACGACUUCAUAGUCGGCAGUUUGCAAAUAAUUCUUACAGAAAUAACUCUUUCCACUAGCUGGAAAUCCUAUCAUAAUAAUUAGUUCUUGUUCCUUAGAAACUAAAACGGAGCUGUCUGGUUCAAGAAGCUUCAUGGAAAUAUCGAAAUUCUUUGGAUUAAACUCAGGCUUAGUGAAGAAAUUGUUCUUCUUGACAUUCUUGAAAUGUUCUUCAGGCGUGUAAAAGUUCAAGUCCAAAUUCUUUGCAAAUAAACGAUCAGCACAUGAAUGAUCCUUCUUCGUCUUUAAAACUUUAUUUUCAGGACGUCCAGCAGCAUCACCAACAAAGAAUGAGGAUGUCAUGUCAAUUUUAACUCCAUCAUUAAAUCGAUCUUGCAGUAGUUCCCACAUACCUACUCUUGGCUUCCGAAAAUUGGUGGCAGCAGUUGAAACAAAGAAUUGAGAAGGUACUUGAAGUCGUUUCUGUAUCAUUGUAAUUUUCUUCUUAAUAUCUGGUAUCGUUACUCGGUUAUGCUCAACACCUGCCUGAUUUGUAAAAACAGCAAUUUUAUAUCCAUUUUCAUGGAAUUUCUUCAACUUGUCUGGAACUUCUGCAAAAUUAAUUUGCCAGUCAUCAAUCGAUUUUGGAAAUGUAUUUCCACUCAUUGUCCUUAUUAAAGUUUUAUCCAUAUCGUAAGCAGCAAUUUUUUCGGAAGCUACAACUCCACGACUUGUGAAUACUAGACAUUUGUUAUUAUCUAUAUUAUCCCAUCUAUCCUCUUCUGAAGACUUUUGCCUCUUAACUCUUUCCUCACUUACUUCCAUUUCGUCUUCACUUCUUCUUUUUCCUGGUUUAAUUAGUUCAGUUGGAGCCUUUUCAAACAAUACUUUAUAAUUAUAUUCUGUACUGAUAACCAAGUUAAUUAUAUCAUUUUCCUUUGCCUCAUAAGCUUCAGAUUCUUUAAUUACAAAUC